CCUGUUUCCAGCCGCACUUAGCCAAUCAGCGGGCGGCAGUGUUUUCAUCUUAGGGUCGGAAUAAAAGGGCUGGAAUAAAAGGGGACAGAAAAGGUGCCGGGCGGGCCCGACACACUCCAGCAGGAACCCGGUGGCUGCAGAGCGGGAGCCGAAGCCGGAGCCGGAGCCGGGCCACCGGGCCGCACCGCAGCGCACCGUACCAUGGCGCCCACCCUGGCCACUGCCCAUCGGCGCCGCUGGUGGAUGGCCUGCACAGCUGUUCUGGAAAACCUCCUCUUCUCGGCAGUCCUCCUGGGCUGGGGCUCACUGCUCAUUAUGCUCAAGUCAGAGGGCUUUUAUUCCUACCUGUGUACGGAGCCAGAGAAUGUCACCAACGCCACAGUGCAUGGCACCGCAGAGCCUGAGCCCGAGGAGGUGACGUGGGUGAACGGCUGGCUCAGCUGCAAGGCCCAGGACGAGAUCCUGAACCUGGCCUUCACCGUGGGCUCCUUCCUGCUCAGCGCCAUCACCCUGCCCCUGGGCAUCAUCAUGGACAAGUACGGUCCGAGGAAGCUCAGGCUGCUGGGCAGUGCCUGCUUUGCUGUCUCCUGCUUGCUGAUUGCAUAUGGAGCAAGUAACCCAAAGUCUCUCUCAGUGCUCAUCUUCAUUGCCCUGGCUCUGAAUGGCUUUGGCGGGAUGUGUAUGACCUUCACCUCCCUCACACUGCCCAACAUGUUUGGUGACCUUCGAUCCACAUUUAUUGCCUUGAUGAUUGGAUCCUACGCCUCCUCCGCAGUCACUUUCCCAGGAAUCAAGCUCAUUUACGACACGGGUGCCUCCUUCAUCAUUAUCCUUGUGGUCUGGGCCGCCUGUUCUGGACUGGUUUUCCUCAACUGCUUCUUUAACUGGCCACUGGAGCCCUUCCCAGGCCCGGAGGACAUGGACUACUCGGUGAAGAUCAAGUUCAGCUGGCUGGGCUUUGACCACAAGAUCACAGGGAAGCAGUUCUACAAGCAGGUGACCACAGUGGGACGCCGCCUGAGCGUGGGCAGCUCCAUGAGGAGUGCCAAGGAGCAAGCCGCGCUGCAGGAGGGACACAAGCUGUGCCUAUCCACCGUCGACCUGGAGGUGAAAUGCCAGCCAGACACUGCAGCGGCGCCAUCCUUCAUGCACAGCGUGUUCAGCCCUAUCCUGCUGCUCAGCCUGGUCACCAUGUGCGUCACGCAGCUGCGGCUUAUCUUCUACAUGGGGGCCAUGAACAGCAUCCUCGAGUUCCUGGUCAGUGGUGACCAGAAGACAGUCGCCCUGUACACCUCCAUCUUCGGUGUGCUCCAGCUGCUCUGCCUGCUGACAGCACCUGUCAUCGGCUACAUCAUGGACUGGAGGCUGAAGGAGUGCGAAGAUACCUCCGAGGAGCCCGAAGAGAAGGAUGCCACCCAAGGCCAGAAGAAGAAGCCGGACCGACAGAUCCAGAAGAUCACCAAUGCCAUUCGGGCCUUCGCUUUCACGAACCUGCUGCUUGUGGGCUUCGGGGUGACCUGCCUCAUUCCCAAUCUGCCGCUCCAGAUCUUCUCCUUCGUCCUGCAUACGAUCGUGCGAGGAUUCAUCCACUCUGCUGUCGGGGGCCUGUAUGCCGCUGUGUACCCCUCCACCCAGUUCGGCAGCCUCACAGGACUGCAGUCUCUGAUCAGCGCCCUGUUUGCCCUUCUGCAGCAGCCACUUUUUCUGGCCAUGAUGGGUCCCCUCCAGGGAGACCCUCUGUGGGUGAAUGUGGGGCUGCUAAUCUUGAGCAUGCUGGGCUUCUGCCUGCCCCUCUACCUGGUCUGCUACCGCCGCCAGCUGGAGAAGCAGCUACAACAGAAGAGGGAAGACAGCAAGCUUUUCCUCAAGAUCAAUGGUUCGUCCAACCGGGAGGCCUUCGUGUAGCGCCCACUGGCUCAGAACUGUGGCCUCCUGUCUGUGCUUCAGUGACUGGCCGGUCUCCUCCCCACCCCAGAAAACCCUGCACUCUUGCAGGAGUCUCUCCUUCACCAUGUCGGAGUCCACACUCCCUCCAGGGCCCUGGUUCUGCCUUGGAGCUCUGCAGUGGAAGGACAGGAGUGGGCCCAGUAUGGGAAACUUUACUGGACAAAGGGCGGCCCCUGGUUCUGCUCCGCCACCCCCAAGGGACCCUGGGGCCUUGGGUCUCCAUGGUACCUGCAGGAAGAGCAAGGUCACUCCCCAGCAGACAGGCUCUGGAUUCUUCCUCUUGCCAAAGCAGAGGAGCCUAUCAUCCACUACCCACCACCUGCCCCUCGGCUGCAUGCCCACCAACCACGCCUGCCUGAGGACAAAGGCUUGCACUGUCUGCACCCCCUCUCCUGGCCCCUUACCUCCUCCCCUGGCCAGUCUGCGGCUGUUUAAGGAAGGAAGGACCCGCUUCCUGUUGUUGGUGCUAACCCCUUUGUAAUCCCUCUCCCCUGUGGCCUGUACGCAGCCUGUCCGCUCAUGUGAGGCCUGUGGAGAAGCCCUCCUGGCUCAGAGCCUGGAGAGGGGUUGGAGGCAGGAUGGCCACACUAAACCACAGAAGCCAUGGACACUGACCGAGCGGCUGUCCCCCGCCUCCUCACUCAGCGUGGGGAGAGGGAAUGCAUUUCCACUGCCAGCCUCUGUCUAGUCUGCGACUUGAUGGGCCAUAGGGGCACCCUCUCCCUCAACCGACACAGCUGUUUCAGUGUGUCUGGCAGACACAGAACUCCAGGCUUGCGCAGGGAAGAGUAUUGGUGAGGGGCCGGGGGUAUAUGUGUGUGGGGUGUGUGACAUGUGUUAUGUGUGAGGUGGGGUGGCCUCUAGGGCCUGCCUUUAUCCCCACCAACCAGUCAGGCCUGCUGCAGAGCCUGUGUGCCUGGAGCCAGCCUAGCCUGAUGGUCAUCCAACAGGGAGGCCUUCCUGUAGCACCACUGGCUCAGAACUGUGGCCUCCUGUCUACGUAGCAGCAGCGCCCCCUGCUGGCUAAUUCUACCACGGCCUUGAAACUGGAAGAGGCCAGGCCUCCCUGGCCACCAACCAACCUGCCCACUUUGACUGCCCUCAGAAAUAUGGCUGAGACCUCCUGGGUGCUCAGAGUGGUGGGUUUUGGCGUUUAGUUGUUUUUCUUUUAAGUUUUAUUAGACUUCUUUUUAUAAAGCAAUAAAUUCAUUUUCCUCGUGGCAAGGGAUUCCCCCUUCUAGCAUAUCAGCUGACAGCUGUUACAGUGCCUGUUUUGAGCUCAAGAGGAAAAGACAGGACAAGGUUCUUUGUUGCUGAGCAGCCCUAUCCAUACCCACCAUCCUUUCUCUGGGAUACCCGCCUGGGGUGGGGCUGGGCCAGGAAAAGACAUUCCACAUCUACCCCGGCUAAAUUGGGCUUUGCAAGAGUGUGGGCCUCCCCCUCCUCUGCAGCCUGUCCAACCAACAGACUCAUCCCGGCCCCUUCUCAGCUCCUACAUGGAUUUCCUGUUGCUGCUUCACAACCUGAGGAAUCUUCCAGAGUGUAGGACACGGGUUGACCCCGGAAGAACCCCAGGCUUAAAGAACAGCGUCAGGAUAUUGAAAGGGACAGGAAAGCGGAAGGGGCACCCAGGCCAAAGUCAGGCUCCACAGUAACAGCCAAUCACCGAGUUUCCUCAGUGCCUCUGUGCUUCAAUAUUAAAAAUCACAACCCAGAAAAUAACGAGCUGGGGGUGUGAGUGAGUAGUUGAGUGCGUGUGUAGCAUGAAUGUGGCUCCGGGUCCCAUCCUCAACCCCAAAAGAAACAGAACAAAAACAAAGGUGGCACCUGCCUGUAACCCCAGCCACUCAGGAAGCUGAGGCAGAAGAAUCGCUGAGUUCAAGGCCAGCCAGCCUGGGCUACAUAGCGAGACCCGGUCUCCAAAAACAACACCCUGUAUGAGCAUUUUCCAAACCAUUUCUCAGAGCACUGAUUUUGAUGUGUUAAUAGUUAUUCUUUUUUUAAAACAUCAUAGUCAACUAAAGGAAAUGCUGAGUUAAAGUCAAGCCCAUUUCUUUGCAGCAAAUACUCAGCACUUUUUCUGCAGUCAUCAGUACUGUGCCUGUUGAAACAGGUAUGUACUAUCAAGUACACCCCACUUGUGUGACCCCGUAGCUGCCUGUAACCGAAGCUCCUGGGCUGUUAAUCUCCUGACUGCAGAUUUUGGUCCCUCCAGAGUUUGAGACUCACUCGUGAACAGGGGGACAGUUUAGGGGACCACUGACUGGCAAAGUCCCUUCUAACUGGGAACAUGGGCAGGUAGCCCAGCUGUCACCAGCAGCCCCUGGGCCUGGCCACCGUACCAGUAGGGUGGAGCACUUUGAGAGAAGAUGCUGGCCUUGAGGAACUAGCAGUGAGAGUGGGAAACAGUCUGUGACCGGCACUGUGUGAGACUGGUAGCCUGAGAACAGAAAACAGGUAGGUAGGUUGUAGAAAAGAGGAUGGGCUAUAAUCCCAGCUCCUGGCUGACUGAGGCUGACAGAGUUCAAGAUCAGCCUGAACUGUAUAGUGAAACCCUGUCUCAGACAAAAAGGGAGAAAACCAGAUGGGUCAGGAACUGCCCAGUCUACCUGACUCCCCACAGGAUUCACAGGUUAGAAUCAUUGAAACAAUCUAGAGCUAAAUAAAAACCACCAACUCCAUUUUGCAGUUGGCAAACAGACCUAGCGAGGUGGUGAAACUUGCCUAAGGUUAGAACCAGGACUCAUGUGGAUCUGUAAGCCAUCCGAGCAGCCAAGGCCUUGUAGACCAGGACAUGCCGUUUGGAGCAGCAGCUUGGGGGUCACUCAGACCUGCGGCAGGGCAGCAAUACCCAGUGAAGACAGCAAACCAGGCACCGUCUUCUAGUUGGAGCCAAAGCCACCUCAGGGUGGUGUGAGCUGUACUCAGUAGUGUUAGUGGCAGGCUUUUCUGGUCACCCCAUCUGCAAGAGGAGUGCCUGAGAUGGGGCCCAGGCCACAGGCUGGGAACAAGGUAGCUAUAGCCAUCCUUUCUGCAUUUUCUCACCCCACUCCCCACCCUUGUCCUCUGUAGGCCCUAGAUCCAGGCUUUGUGGUGGUUUCUUGCAGCCCUUCCAGGUCUCUGCCUGCAGCUCCCUCUGCUGGGGCUUGUCCAUAAUGCAGGUUCCAGCCCUCCUAAAGGCCGAUAAUAAGGUGCAGCCCUGAGGGACGCCUCUCCCCUGUUCCUCUUGUAUCUAGCUUCCUGGCCAAAUGAACUUCAUGCAAACCCUCCUUGUCAUGGUCCAGGCAGUCUGAGGAGUCUGCCACUCUGCUCAGGUCCCCGAGGACUCUGAAAGUAAGGGGGCAUCCAACACUGGGGUCCUACAGGCAGGACUGUCCCGGACAGUGGCACAAACACAACUGGCCAAGGGAAUGUCUUGGUGCCCUUGCGUGUCGGCUUGCAAGAACUGGAGCAGAACAGUUGGGGGCAGGAAGUGGUGUGGGACCUUGCAGGGUCUUCUCAGCAGAUUUAGGCUCAGGCACCUUUCAGCAGUAGCUUCUUCCUCCAAAGAGAGGAACAGAGGUGUUCAUGGGCUCCUAGCGCAGCAAGGAGCCUUGUCUGUGCCAGUGACUAGGACCAGGAAAGGGUAGUGGCUCACUGUCCCCAGAGAUGACUGUUGGCUGUGGGCUGUGGGAGCCUAGAUGGUCCUCAGGCUGCAGAUCUCUCUGGGGUGCAGGGUCAGGGUGAGCAUGUGGCCUUGUGACACUGGGCCCCCUCCCCUACCUCACUCUGAGCCCUGGGGUAUGGACAGAGCUUCCCAAAUGUCAUAUUGUCACAUCCUCCAUGAGAGUGGCCUGGCCUAGUCCCUUCCUGCCAGGAUGGACCCAGCACUCGUGCCCUGGUCACUGGAAUUAAUCAUGCUCAUUCUCCUGGGAAGUUCCAAGAUGAACCAGGGCCAAUGAUAGUUCCCUGACUGACCUUGACCCUAGCCCCUGACCUUGACCCUUCACAGAGGGAGGCUCCACCUCUGCAUGCUGAAGAGAGACAAGGGAGGAGCAAAGGUUGAAGACUACCACAUACUCUGGUGGUGUCCUUAGACAAGCCAUUAGCCUCAGUCUCCUUAUCUGUAAGAUGGACGUAGUAACACCCUCAUAGUGCUAAGUGAACUCACUAGCACUGCACGCAUGCAUUCCUACGGCUCUUACCAAGCAUUUCACCAGAGGGAUUAUUUUCAUGGCCCUGGAAGGCAGACAGCACAGUGGAAAUGGCAUCUCCCCCAUAUGACAGGAGAGAAUGUGGGGUGUGGCAUAAGUACCUGCCUGGCAAGCACAAGGUCGGGAGUUCAAUCUCUGGGAUCCCCCCUCAAAAAGAGAAAAAAGUAAGGUCUGAAAAAAGAAAAUGAAGUCAUUUCCUGCUGGCCUUGUUCCCCUCAGAACCUCUCCCUCAGCAUAGCCUUAAGAAGUUAUUUUCAGCCAAGUGGUGGGGGGCAUACCUGUAAUCCCAGCACUCAGGAGGGCUGAAGCAGGACAAUUGCUGUGAGUUCAAGGCCACCGUGGGCUACAUAGUGAGAUCCUGUCUCAAAAAGCUUAUUUUCUUGGUCAUUUUUCCUUUCUGUCUUUCCUAUUUUCAUAAGACUUGGCCAAAGGACAUUUCAAGACAAUCUCUAAAGAGUGGGCAGGUUGGGGGCUGGGGAUUUAGCGCAGCAGCAUAAGCGCCUGCUUUGCAAGCACGUGGUUGUGAGUUCGAUCCCUGGUACCGAUAAAAAAAAAAAAAUGGGCAGAUUUAUACUGAGUGAGGUGACUGAAAUCCCAGCCACAGGCACCCCAGUGCCACCUCCUUGGGCACCUGCUUGGUCGUGCCUCUAACUCUGUGUGUGUAUGUGUGCGCGUGUUAUGGGUGUGUGGGUGUGCGAGUCUGAGAUGUAUUCUGGGCUCUUUGGGAUGCGUAGUGUUUAGAGGAGUGUGUAGGAGCUUGCUUGUGUGCCUCGCCACCUGGGGGAGCAGAAAGAAGGGAGCUUACCUCGAUGAAUCCCUCUCCACUGCUGGAAGGAGCAUCUAGGGGCUGGGUCCAGGGUCCAGGGCCCAGCCCAGCCUUCAGAGUGGUGCCUGAAGGGUUGAUUCUGUUCUCUGUGCUAACCAGGGCUCAGCAGUGUCGCUGAUAACUCAGCAGCUGACUGACUCUUCCCUGCCCUUUUGCUCUAGCACCUGGCUUAUUCCUUGGCACACAGCAAGCACUCAAUAAAUGCAUGCUGAGAACGACUAAAA